AUGAAUUCCUCCGCCAAUUUCCUGUCGAUCCUGGUGCUGCUGGUGUUCUUGGCCGCGGGGAAUGCGCGAGCGCAGCCCCAGCCGAUCCUCAUCAACUGCGCCUCGGAUUCCACCACCAGCGUCGACGCCAGGACAUGGAUUGGGGAUUCUUCCCCUUCCAACAACUUCACGCUCAGCUUCCCCGGAGCCAUCGCCUCGGCGGCUCCGGCUCCGGCUCCGGCUCCGGGAGUUGAUGGAGAACAAGACCCGUACGGAGAUUUGUACAAGACCGCCCGUGUCUUCAACGCCUCCUCCAGCUACAGGCUCGCCGUCGCCCCCGGGAGCUACUUCCUCCGCCUCCAUUUCAGCCAGCAGUUCGCCAAUCUCGGCGCCCAGGAGCCCAUCUUCAGUGUCGCGGCAAAUGGCCUGAGGCUGCUCUCCAAGUUCAGUGUCCACGGGGAGAUUUCUUGGAGGGAUUCCCAGAUCAACUCAACCAGCAGCGUCAUCGUCAAGGAGUACCUUCUCAAUGUCACUUCUGGUAAACUGGGCAUUGAGUUCACCCCCGAUGAAGGGUCCUUCGCCUUCAUCAAUGCCAUGGAGGUUCUCCCUGUGUCUGGCACCUCUAUUUUUGAUUCAGUCAACAAGGUGGAUGCUCAUGGGUUGAAAGGCCCUUUUAGCCUCGACGGCGGCGGGAUCGAGACCAUGUACAGGCUGUGUGUGGGAUGCAGAGAUGUACUGACGAGGAAAGAGGAUCCAGGAUUGUGGAGGAGGUGGGAUAAAGAUGACCAUUUCAUAUUCUCUCUGAACGCCGCGAAUUCCAUCUUCAACUCUUCCAACAUAAGUUAUGUGUCUGCUGAUGAUCCCACGGUAGCCCCUUUGAGGCUCUAUCAGAGUGCAAGGGUGCCAACAGAGAGUUCGGUCUUGGGAAAGAAGUUCAAUGUCUCAUGGAGCUUUAACAUUGACCCUGGCUUUGAUUACUUGGUCCGGCUGCAUUUCUGCGAGCUGCAGUAUGACAAGGCCGAGCAACGCAAGUUCAAGAUUUACAUAAACAACAAGACCGCUGCAGAGGGCUAUGAUGUGCUUGCCAGAGCUGGGGGCAAGAACAAGGCCUUUUAUGAAGACUUCCUUGAUGCUGCCUCACCGCAGAUGGACACUCUUUGGGUUCAGCUGGGGUCUGAGUCUUCAGCAGGUUCCGCGGCUGCUGAUGCUCUUCUCAAUGGCAUGGAGAUCUUUAAGGUCAGCCGGGAAGGAAAUCUUGCCCAUCCAACCGUCAGGAUUGGAGGCUUCAGUGGUGGCACAAGCAAACCAAAACGGAGCCCCAAGUGGGUGCUAAUUGGUGCUGCUUCCGGUCUGAUAAUUUUUAUCGCAAUUGCUGCUGCUCUUUAUUUAUGUUUCAAUCUGCGACGGAAGAAAAAUAGUUCAGCCAGCAAAGCCAAGGACAAUCCCCAUGGUGCUGCACAUACCCGUUCUCCAACUCUUCUCACGGCUGGGGCAUUUGGGAGCAAAAGGAUGGGCAGGCGGUUCACCAUUGCAGAAAUCAGAACAGCCACUGUGAACUUUGAUGAGUCCUUGGUGAUUGGGGUUGGAGGCUUUGGCAAGGUCUACAGGGGUAUAAUGGAGGAUGGCACUCGGGUGGCAAUUAAGAGGGGUUACACAGAUUCUCACCAGGGUCAGGGUGUGAAGGAAUUCGAAACUGAGAUCGAGAUGCUCUCAAGGUUGCGGCACCGGCACCUUGUGCCCUUGAUUGGCUAUUGUGAUGAGCAAAACGAGAUGGUCUUAGUUUAUGAGCACAUGGCAAAUGGCACAUUAAGGAGCCAUCUUUAUGGAAGUGACCUUCCUGCUCUUACAUGGAAGCAAAGGCUCGAAAUAUGUAUCGGCGCAGCACGAGGGCUUCACUACCUUCACACUGGGCUUGACAGAGGUAUAAUCCACAGGGACGUCAAGACUACCAACAUUUUGUUAGACAACAACCUUGUUGCCAAGAUGGCAGAUUUUGGCAUCUCAAAAGAUGGUCCAGCUUUAGAUCAUACUCAUGUUAGUACUGCUGUCAAAGGGAGUUUUGGUUACCUCGAUCCAGAGUACUAUAGGAGACAGCAGUUAACGCCAAGUUCAGAUGUGUACUCUUUUGGUGUCGUGCUGUUUGAAGUGCUGUGUGCUCGACCAGUCAUAAAUCCAACCCUGCCAAGAGACCAGAUAAACCUUGCUGACUGGGCUCUCAACAGGCAAAGGCACAAGUUACUUGAGACCAUAAUCGACCUUCGAUUGGAUGGAAAUUACACACUGGAGUCCAUCAGAACAUUCAGCGAGAUAGCAGAAAAAUGCCUUGCAGAUGAGGGGGUGAACCGGCCUUCGAUGGGCGAAGUCCUCUGGCACCUAGAGAGUGCUUUGCAGUUGGAACAAGGUCAUCUGCAAAGCACAAAUGGUGAUGGUUGUUCAGACCCUCAACUGAAGCCUUCUGAUGUACCUACCCAUGUGGCGUGCAUCAAAGAAGUUGAGCAAUCCACUCGUCCAGGCUCCCACGAUUCAGAUGGGCAAGUUGUCGAUGUCAAGAUUGAGGUGCCAUGA